GUGCGAGAAACGCUUCCCGUCUGAACAUAAACUCAAGGAACAUGAGAGACACCAUCUCUACAAAGUGCGCAGGCCUUGUCCUAAAUGUGGUGCCAUGGUGUGCCGUCUUUCCAUACACAUGCAUCGCAGCCACCCCGAGCCCGGGGCUGAGUUCCUCUGUUCAAUGUGUCCGAAAAAGUUUAAAAGUCAAAUUGUCCUCAACAUUCAUCUCCGUCGACAUGCCGCUAACAAAAGUGGAGAAACAUUUACAUGUCCAAAAUGCCCUAAAACAUUCAACUGUCGGGAGUAUCUGACAGACCAUAUAAAAAUUCAUCUAGAUCGUAAGUUAUAUGAUUGUCAUAUAUGUGGGAAGCAGUGUACCGAGAAAUCUAAUUUACGUAUUCACAUGCGCAUCCAUUCAGACCAAAAACUGUUUAACUGUGAUGUUUGUGGCCAGGGUUUCAAUUACAAGGCAUCUCUGCUCAGUCAUCAGAAAUCAAAACACAAAUCAUGGUUCCCUUGAAUAUGUUUAUAGGGUAGGGGAAUGAAAAUAAGGAC